AUGUCUCAGUUGAAGAAUGUUUAUCGUUCGGCGGAAGGCCAGGCGGGCUACGAUGGUUCAGUGCCGCAGCAUCAGCAUCAGCCAGUAAUAUCUGGCCGUCAGACUUGCCCGUACGAGAAAUGCGUCAUCACAGACCCUACUGCCUCGCGCUUUGCGGUCAUGAUGUUACAAUAUUUUAUGAAUAUUGCAAACAUCAACACUACACUGGAUCAGUUCGACUGCCCAGUGGCCAAAUGCAUGAAGCAGUUUACAGAGCCUCUGGAAUUUAUCAAGCAUCUCAUGGACUGCCCAGAACUCUCCAAAGGCGAGUUCGAAUGCAGAAAGUGCGAGACUUGGCAUAGAUUUCCUACAACAGAGAGUGGCUGGCUGGAAUUCUCUGGCUGGGAGAAGACCGUCGAAAAGAAGAAGCGAAGCAGUUUCACCGAAAAGCUCAGAGUGAUGGUCCGGUCAUCGUCCAAACCCAGCAGUCCUCGAUCCUUGAGAAGCAGGUCAGAUUCGUGUAUUUCACCAUCGGCGCAAUCCAAAGCAUCUCCGUCACCGAGCUCGGAGUUCUCUGCAGGAAGUCUUUACCAGAUCAAUGACCGGAAGGAAUCAGAAGUGCAAUGGCGUUACAAUGCAGACGCCUGGCCUACGGUGAUGCCGACCCCUGAGAAGCCAUUGCGGGCUUCCACGGGUAAUCCGGGUGAUCAAUUACGACAGAACUCAUCACUUGCUCAAAUCCAGUCGCCUCAAGAGAUUCAGAAACCUCAGGAGCUUUGUGACACAGGCCGUAUGGAGCUUUGGGACACGGGCUGCACUCGCAGUGAACUAUCCGACAAUCAACUACCCAGUUCCGCAAGGGCGCCCUACAAACCGCAAGACUCGGCAUCGAGCUACGAAGCACAAGCGUUUUGGCAUACAAUGAGCGCUCCUCAUCAAUAUACCUUGGGAAGUGGUACAUGGACGUCUUCUUUUGAAGGACAGCUUGCUCAACACACAGCGCACCGCAGUAUCCAACAAAACAGUACCGACAGCCACGACGGCGACAACGUCUCCAUUGGGCUGCUACAGACUAGGAUAGCACCAUACUUUGACCAUCACUUGAGCGAGUCACCCGUAGGCCUCGAUAUUGGCCCGAGUGAUCCCGUCACCGAGCUGUCCGGGGAAGAGACUUCAUCCAGUCACCCGGGAUCCUUUGAUUCCACCACUUGGUCAUUUGAUAGCGCCUCGACCUCAGAUAAUCUAGUGGCUUCCUUGCGCACGAACUCGAGCUCAGGGAGCUCUGUCGGAUCAUUUAAGCAUGCUGGUCUGAGAGACUGGGCCCCAAACGGCGAGCCGAUUUUCUCCACCUUUGAGCCGCAGAACGACGGCGGGCAGGCAAUCAUGCGAGCUCUACAAGAGUUCAAAGGCUCUGCUCCCAAAAACCUGGAAUCUCGCCCCUUUGACCUCGGUCGCCGCAAUGAAUGCCACGGGACACUAGAGAUGGGAUCAUGGCCGGUGACGAAUCGAUCCGCGCCCGUUGCUGAAGCCCCCGGCGAGACCGAGGAUGAUGGCCAUCUCACGUGCGGGCAUGAAAACUGCGACUUUCGACCCAGCGGCACUAAGCUUCACAACUACCGCAAGUACCUGCACAAGCACAGGGAAACCCACCGGAGGGCGAGGUAUGAGUGCGACCAGUGCCCAAGCGUCUACACCCGCUCCGACAACCUCAAAAAGCAUCGGCGCGAAAAACACGGCAUCGAGGAGGCGCGGGGAUAUGGUACGGUGCGCGUUUCGUCACAAUACCGCCGGAGUCCACGGAUCGCAGCUGAUGGACAGGAUGGGCUCGGCAGGAUGGACACUCUGAGAGUGUCCAAGUCCCCGAGAAGGUGA